AUGACGUUUCAAAAACGAAAGAUCGCGCGGAUCAUGAAGUCCUUGGCCGAACCAUUCCUCCUUGUAACAGAGGCCACCACAGCGCCGUCACCACCGCAAUCUAGUAGCAUACGAUUUCUUAUGUGCAUGGGAUGUGGUCUAGUACUAUUCCUCGGCUCCUUCGUCUUGUUUCCGUUCUCGAUUACUGCCUUCGGCGUGGUGUAUUCCAUGGGUUCCCUCGUGAUCAUGGGCUCGACGUUGUUUGUAGCGACCAUCAAGCAGCAAGUCGAGACCCUUCGAGCCAACUCGAACCGCGCGUGGGGCUUCGCCACGUACUUGGCGUCCAUCGCCCUCACAUUAUGCUUUGCCUUGUAUCCUGGCCUAUGGUUCCGAUCUGUGCUCGUGUUUUUGUCUGUGUGUGUCCAGUGUGGCACGUUAGCAUGGUACUGCCUCAGCUAUUUCCCAAGGGUGCAAACCGGCCUCCGUGCGGCGAGCAUGUACAUUUUGGUGCCGUAA